UGUAUGUUCAGGACCUAAUUAAUUGUGGAUAUGAGGCAGGGUCAAGAGCACAAAGGAACAGGGCCUUUACCUUCUACAUAGCUCCCCUGUUUUAUCCAAGGAGGUCAAGUAGUGAUUUUUAACUAUUUUCUCCUCAACUGUGAAUAUAAUAAACAAAGCAUUUCAGGGAGAAGCUGGAGAACACCUUCUCUUAGCUGCACUCCACCUUAAGGCUGAAGCUGGAUUUGUUUACUGUUUCUCCUGGGGGCAGAGGCAGUUGAGAAGUAACCAAAUAGUCUGCCAAGCCAGGGUCAACCCUCCAGGCCACAGGUUGAGCAAAUGCUAACGGCCAAGGACAGGGAGACACUCCUCAUGAAGGGGUGGUCCUCAUCCUUUCAGAUCAACUUCCUGCUGGAGGCUCCACCCUCACCACGUCCCUCCCUCUUCUCUCAUCCGGAGUCACCUUUUGGGAUUUUGGAGUUGGGCACCAUGGGGACUCCAAAUGAUCGGGCAGUGCUGCAGGCCAUCUUCAACCCUGACACCCCAUUUGGAGACAUUGUUGGACUGGACCUCGGAGAGGAAGCAGAAAAGGAAGAACAAAAAGAAGAGAAUACUACCACCAGAACGGAAGACUGAAAUAAGGCAGGGCAUGGUUGCUCAGUUGAGUGGUUCCAAUAAAGCAAGCACUAGUAUCCGUUAAACACUGUCACAAGCCAAGCUCCAAGCUAACUCUUCUGCAAUGAAGUUUUCCCUCAAGCACAGCUGGAACAGUCCAAGGCCCUGGAGCUGCAGGGGGUGAUGGCAGCAGAGGCUGGGGACCUCAGCACAGCCCUGGAGAGGUUUGGCCAAGCCAUCUGCCUGCUGCCUGAGAGGGCUUCAGCCUACAACAACCGUGCCCAGGCCCGGCGACUCCAGGGAGACGUGGCAGGCGCCCUGGAGGACCUGGAACGCGCAGUGGAGCUGAGCGGCGGCCGGGGCCGCGCCGCCCGCCAGAGCUUUGUGCAGCGCGGCCUCCUGGCGCGGCUGCAGGGCCGAGACGACGACGCCCGCAGGGACUUCGAGAGGGCGGCACGGCUGGGCAGCCCCUUCGCGCGGCGCCAGCUGGUGCUGCUCAACCCCUACGCCGCGCUGUGCAACCGCAUGCUGGCCGACAUGAUGGGGCAGUUGCGCCGCCCCCGCGACAGCCGCUGAGCGCUGCUGGCCCGCGCGUCCGUGGACUAGGGGACGGGAGGGGGCCCUGAACCAAUAAAGCCGUCGGGCCUAACCGACUCCGCCUGCUCCUGCGUCCUGCCCGCGCCCGGAGAGAAGGGCACGCGGGGGCACUCUGUGCGAGGGGCUCUCGGCGCGGGGUAGGGACCAGCCAGGCGGGUGGUGAGCCGCGACCGCCCACCUGCCGGGAGAGGGCCCGUGUGGCCCGGGCAUCGAUUGGCCCUGCCUGACGCAGCCCCCGCCCUUGCAGCGGACUGCGGUGCUCAUCAGACCUGAGCAGUUGCU